GUGGUUCACUUGCUCGCUCAGCCCGUGCCCGAACAGAGGGUUACGGUCAGAUCACGCUGCCCAACUCUUCUUCUAUUUGUCCAUCCGCCCACUGCCCACUCAUUCUUCCUCUCUUCUUUCACCUUUCUGUCCUCGCCCAAUCGCCCAUCGUUUCAACUUGUUUCCCUUGUCUACCCAAUCACCUCUCUAUUCUAUCACCCACUCAGCACUCGCAAAAGCACAUCAACAACCAUACUCGUAAGAGCCUUCUCGUUCACGUGGGGGCUUUCCCGGCGCAAGUCGAGUAUUGCGAACAGGGCCGACCAGUGACCAGUCUCCAAGCCUCACCCAAGCUCGCCGCCGAAUCAUCUCACUCGAUCUUCUCGCACAACUUGAUUCGACUGCAGCUUCUUCAGAUCCACGUUCCUGGUAAACAAGCACAACCUAUCAUCGACGGCAACCAUUUACAACGCCAGAACAGCAGAGCCUCGCGUGUAUAUCGACGUCGUGAAGCUCCAAACGGCCCAACGGGAACCUCAGCUUUUUAGGCUUGCGCGCGUCGCUGUGAUCUCAUCAGCUCGGAUCAGCCCAAGCAGGCAAAGCGGCGUGCUCGCUCUGAUCUGAUCCCAGCCCUGCCCUGCCGUCUGCCAGCACUGCAGCCCACCAUCCGCGGCAAUUCUCCCGCUGCUCACCGCUAACAAUCACACUUCACCAAUUCCCACCACAUCAUCAAACUCCAAACUCCAGCUUUUCCCGGAGUCGCCCGACUGUAACAGCGCUUCCAACCACCACACAAUAUUAUUUCACAUCACUGUCGCAUCAAAUAUUCUUUCCGACCUGCAGUCGACAACCUUGUUGAUACUGCAUUGGCGCGCGCAUUGGCAGUGCAUCGUCACUGUGGUCGCAGAAAAUCACUUUUGCGACUUGGUGCGUUCUGUAGAUCAGCUCCGACAACUUCGCUGCAGACCUCGGGCAGAAGGUGCGACAAGCCCUCAAAAGGCAUCUGACGUCGUCCAAAAGAACAGAACCAGAAAGUUUGCGGUACAAGAAUAGAUCCCAGCCCAGCUUCAUUGUGGGACACGGACUAGAGUUGAGCAGCCGAAUCGCAGCUUACCUUCCUUUCCGCCCUCGAAUCAUUCCUCUCCGCCGCCACAAGUCAGUCAAUCCAAUCCAGCUGCGCGCGCAAUAAGCUUCUGGAAAGCGAGAGGUUGCCACAAAACGUCGGUAGAACAUCACGAUAUCGAACAUCAGUCUCGAGGACGCGAGUCCCUAGCAAGAGCUGGAACAAAAUCGAGCGGGAAAUCUAGGGCUCAGGCAUCUACAUCCCGCGCCACACUCUUGCUUCGCACUGCCCGCGCGGAGCAGAAGUGACAACACAUCAGCAAGCGCAGCGCUACGCAACCCCAGCUUUGCUUGCUGCAAAGGAGCCCAAAGCGAGGCGAUUUCAGCCGGCUUAUGACGGCUGGUAAAACAACCUGAUCCAGUUUCGCCUCAUUUGUCGACUCAGUCUUCGUCGAUAUAGUGGAGAGGUUGUCAAUCUUUCGUCUUUCUCAAGCAGUCUUUGCAUAAUCUGCUUGUCUAGCCAUCAACGCUCCAUCCUACCGCUCUUAGACCCUCCUAUCAGAGAGCCUAGGUGCCAUUCUGCUGCUUUCCAAGGCACAGCAAGCCCCCAGAGCGCGUUCCAGCUAUCACGUUACGCCCCGUCCGUCUGAACCGUCACGCUUAGCCUUCGGAGACCUGUGUCUCUUCCGUACGCGCGACAGUAGAGGCGACCAGCAAGUCAACUUUACGGGCCGCAACCUUCUCACACCGCGACCGUGCGUCUAGAACAGAGCGAGCGACUUCAGCUUCUUUUCAACGGGCAUUCACGAUGGAGUAUCCUCCACAAUAUCAGCAGCAUACUCAACAUCCACACCUGCAAGGCGCAUAUCAGACAUCGCCUCAGAGUGCUGGUCCCGGUACCCUUCAAUCCCCUUCCGGUCCCCAGUCGCAUAUGCAACAGCACAACCCCAGUCAAGCUUCUCCUAUCCUGCCGUCGCAGACCCAGAACCAUUAUCAACCUCAAUCAACCACUGGUGCCCACCAAUCUAUGGGCUACACACAAUAUGGGAUGGGCACAGGGAUGAAUCAGGGAUAUGGGAUAUCACCCACCCAGGCUGCUGCGAUGGCAACAGCAGCGGCGUCAGGUCAAAUGCCACCGCUAGCUUCUGGCGUAACGAUGCCUCAAACAACCCAAAUGGGUGGACAGAGACGGAUGAGCCAGCAUAUUACAAGUCCUCAUGUCCAAGUCUCCCAACCGGUCAUGAACCACAACAUGCCUAGGCAAUCCGUGCCUCCGGUUAUGGCCCCUCCUCAACAACCCGUCCAAGCACCAGCCGAAGAGAUUGUCGCAGGUGGAGCUGAAGAGUCCCCUCUAUACGUCAACGCCAAACAAUUCCAUCGUAUCCUCAAGCGACGAGUUGCUCGGCAGAAACUCGAAGAGCAGCUCCGCCUUACCUCGAAAGGCCGCAAACCCUAUCUCCACGAGUCGAGACACAAUCAUGCCAUGCGGCGGCCUCGUGGACCGGGUGGCCGAUUCUUGACUGCUGACGAAGUCGCCGCCCUGGAAAAGGGUGAAGUCGGCCCGAACGGCACACCAGCCACCAAGAAGACCGAGACUGCCACAUCUGGUAGCAAGAGAAAAGCGGGAUCUGACGACAAUGACACCCCCCUCAAAAAGUCCAAGGUCGCCAGCGAGAGUGCAGAGGAAGAAGAUGAUGAUGAUGGUGAGGAAGACCUGGGCUAGUUCCCAUGCCUCCCAUGUCUGUAAACCUUUUCCUUUGUUCUCCUGCUUUGUCGGGCAUAUUGGGGUUGUCAUAUUAGCAAGCGUUGACUUGGUUGCGGACGGACUCACGGUCAAUUCGGCAUGGGAGGUCUUCUCGAAUCAAAGCUUGCUGGUCUUGCCGGGAUAAUCUUCUCACUUUCCUUUGUUCAUCGACAACGAACCUUCAGAGAGAUAUGGGCUCGCGCCAGGACACGUCAAACAUUGUCAUAUCAGCCAAUCGACCUCCUUUCCUAUAAAUGUCAACUUCCCCUCGGAAAUGGCGACCACCCAACUGGACCAUUGGCCUAAAAUCGAAAUCAUCAGCACUCAUCAUUCACAUUCUCAGCACAAUACCUUUUCGACUGUCGUUCCAGAUUGCAAGUGUUUUCAGCCCGAGUAUUGCAUUUUUUCUUUUGCUCUCGCGAUAAAGUCCUCGACGGGUACCGACGCCGGAAAAAAUAAUGACAAGGAGACGAGCAGUGGCAUCCACUCACAACGUCGAACCUCCUGGACAUAACUGGAUUGGUCAUUCGACGGUCGACUUUCGCUCCUCCGUCAAAGAUCUAGAUUUGUUAAUCACCUCACCGUGAAGAAAAGAGCGUAUGGUAGGCAGGCCCAGCGCGGAACAGGAGGGAGUUUGAUACUUGUUCAGAGCCGGUGGGCAUACGGCAGACAACACUACUAGUGCACGCGCACAUUUCGUUCGCACACAACAUUUCAUCGACUGGACAUUCUUUGCAUCCGUCCUACAUCUCCAUCAGCGUCUCCUCUACGAUCGUUUCACGGCUGACGAAUUUCCUUAUGUUGUCGAUUUCAACUGUGUUUGAGUCUGGUUGAACAAAUUGCUGCAUUGAGACGAAGGGGUUUGGGAAUCCGUGCAGAACACCAAAGGCAAGAUACCCCCUGGCUUGGUUAGGUAGCUUAACAAACGGGGCCCCUGCCAGGUGCAGUUGGGUUUCAUGACUAUCCAUUCUCAUUUCGAAAUUGACCUUUCUCUUUUCGGUUAUGAGUGAUGACAAUGGUCUCAUGGGGAAAGCUGAGGCUAGGACCCAAGGCAUCGGACAAGGUCAGGAUGAGGAAUGGGUGGACUGGUCGGAAGCACGGGAGCAAGGAUUAGAAGCGCCGCGGAGAUGGCAGAGGCGGGACUUUACACCUUCCACCCACGACGCUCGGAGAAUCAUCGUCUUCCCGGGAGGGAGUGGAAAUGGAGCGGUCGAAGGAGGAGAGUUCUCUGGCGUAGGGUGCUUCAGAAGGAAUCUUUGUACAGAUUGGGCUCAAGAUGGCUGUGUACUGUUGACUUUUUAUCUUCUGACUAUGCCUUUGAAAUCAAGUCUUGUAAUACGGCAUACUCUGCAACUCUGAGUACUAUGCUUGUACUUAACCUCGAUAUACUAU